GCCCCGCCCCCGUCCCGUCGUGCCCCGCGCGGCCAAGAUGGCGGCCCCCGCGGUGGCGGCCGCCGCGAUGGCGCUGCUGGCGCUGCUCGGGGCGGCGGCGGCGGCGCUGGGCGCCGGCGGGAGCUGCCGGGGCGGCCCCGGGCUGCGGCCCGGCGACGCCGAGACCUGCGGCCUCUCCCUCCCCUUGGAGCACUCCUUCGAGCUGGAUGACACCCCCCGCUUCCGCAAACGGGGGACGCUGGCCUGGAGCCCCGGCCCCGAGCCCGGCCUGACGCUGGCCCAGAAGCAGCUCAACGAGGAGGAACGAGCCCAGCUGCGGGUCUGAGGGGGGGCACGGGGGGG